AUGGGUGGUAAUAUAAUAACUCCAACAUCAUCAUCUGAUAUGCAAAUUUGUCCUGUUUCCCCUGACCCACAUGAUAUUUUCAGGCCAACACUUGACAAUUCUGAUGUCUCUGCCGGAAAUAUUCAGCCUAUUUCUACUAUAAGGCCUCAUCAACAGAACCCGCGUAAGAAACGAACCAAAACGGUCAGGGUGCAUAACAACAAGGCCAUUGUUAAUGUUGGUGUAGGUUCUGGGCCUUCUGGUAGUCAUUCGGGUGUGAUCACGAAAAAGAAGCCCGACCCGAGCGCUCCAAAGAUUACUCGUCCGUGUACUGAAUGUGGAAAGACUUUUUGGUCAUGGAAGGCGUUGUUUGGGCAUAUGCGAUGUCACCCUGAGAGACCGUGGCGUGGGAUCAACCCGCCGCCUAAUCUUCAAAGGAUGCGGCAUGAUGGUUUGGAUGCCCGUGUGGCGACAGAGGACGAUGAGUACGUGGCGGCAUGCUUACUAAUGUUGGCCAAGUCACCAACAAGUAUUCAUGCAUCCACUAGUUAUAAACAACAACAGAACUCGGGUUCACAAGACAUAUUAGGGACACAAGUUAGUCAUGACCCUGAAGCCCGGUUUGAAUGUUCAAGUUGUAAAAAAGUUUUCGGGUCACACCAAGCAUUGGGUGGGCAUAGGGCAAGUCACAAGAAUGUGAAGGGAUGUUUUGCAAUAACACGAAACGAUGGUGCAUCAACCGAAGAACUUGAAGAAGGGGAGUUUGUGGGUCAUAAUUAUGAUAAUCGGAAUGUUGAAGUUUCGGGCAGCAAUCAGCAACACAAAUGCAGCAUUUGUUUGAAAAUAUUUUCAAGUGGACAGGCACUUGGUGGACACAAAAGGUGUCACUGGGAGAAAGAAGAUGGCAAUUGCGCAACUGGAUCAAUAUCACAAGCGCAUCCGCCACCGUUUAGGUUUGAUUUAAACUUGCCUGCAUCUAUACAAGAUGAUUCCACCUGUUCAAGUGCAGAUUUGGAUUUAAGAUUAGGGCUGUGAUGUCUUAGAUAGCAUUAUA